UCCAGCUUGCGACCUAGUCAUUGAGAGGCUUCUAGCUGCCCAGGUUCCCUCUUCUCCCUCCCAUUCCAUUCUUCUCUCCCUUGGGUGAGCACGGCAUGUGCCGUGGGGGCGAGCCGGGGCGGGGCCACUGAGAAGCUAUAGUUGCACCAACUGACUGGUCUUCUCCAUCCUCCGGAGCUCCGACGUUCUGGAGGCAUAAACCCUGCUCUUGUCCUAACCCGCCAAGGGGCCAUCAACUUGAGCGCGCUGGCGUCAAGCAGAGAAGUCCGGGGCUCGGGGCCCGGGGUUCCCAGGAACCGGCCUCUGCUGCCGCUGCUGCUGCUUCUGCUCUUGCUACCGCUGCCCACCACCGCCUGGUACAAGCACAUGGCGAGUCCCCGCUAUCACACAGUGGGUCGUGCCUCGGGGCUGCUCAUGGGGCUACGCCGCUCGCCCUACCUGUGGCGCCGUGCCCUGGGCGGGACCGCUGGACCACUCGCCGGCAGCCCUCUCCUGCUUCCUUCCCCCUGGCAGAAGCUAUGGGAUGUACGAAGCAGGAGCUCACAGGCAGAGGUUCCCAUCCAUGCACCUCGGAGUCCGCGGGACCUAGAGGGAGUCCGCCAGCCGGAGCAGUCGGUAAGCCUUCACUCCUGGAUCUCAGAGGAGCCCGCUGCUAGAGCCUUCAGAGAGACGCUUCGCGCCCAGCCAUGGUUCCUGCAGCAAAUCAUCUUUGCAGAUCCUGUCACGCCCAAGAACCGAUGGCGCCCCCAUGCUUGACAUAAGGGCACAGCUUGUAGCUCCAGUCAGGCCUCGUGGUCUGGUCAAUAAAACCAACCUGAUUCCUGUGCCCCA